UGGGGUCGUACGGGUUCUCUCAGCUCUGGAUGGAAACUGCAAUGUUUUUUGAGCUGCUGACUGCAGUAAGGGUUGAACGUUUCUGUCCCUAGUGUGACUUACUCAACGUCGAUGAAGAGCGUGUGUCUUGAAGAAGUCUUUUUCUUCCCUUCCUGAGGAAAGGACCUUCAAAGUGUGAACUAUCUUUGUGUCCUAUUUGCUGCCAAGUAGUUCCUUUCCUUUGGAGUUCAAUAAAACCAUGGGGCCAUCGAAAGAAGAGGAAGAGCAGAGCAUAAUCCUGAUCAGCGAUGAUGAAGCUGAGAGCACACUUGGGAAUUCAGUUUGUUAGUAGACCCAUUGGAGAAGUCUGCCCUGGAAGAGGAGAAAUCUGAAGAAGUUGUGGAUGAGGAAUGUGAACUAAUGGUUACUUUCUGUAAACAAGCAAAAGUGAUGCCUCAUGCAAGAUAUGACUGUACAAUACACCCGUUUGAGCGAAUGGAAUGUGAUACUUGCUCACCCCUUGGGAAAAAUGCUGAUAUUUGUAAUCAGUGCUACUGCUACAUUUGUGAUAAACUAGCUUCUGAGUGCCAGAAUUGGACAACCCCUUCCCUCUGUCACUGCAAUGCACACAACAAAAGCAAAUUCUGGAAGGACCAGCGUGACUUUGCCUUGGCUGGUGUUCUUGUAAUGUUCAGUUUGGAGCUCACAGAUAUAGACGCAGACCUUCGGCAUGGUGGAAGUCUUCUAAUAAAAUUUAUCCAGGAACUUUCUGUGGAAUAUAAUAAGUAUCUGGUUGGAGAAAGAAUGCCUCCCACACAACAUGAAUGCUUUUGCCUCCCAAAAUUGCCUCCUGGGCAAUGCAAUAUCUGCAGAUCACGCAACAUGGAGGUUGUAUACAAGUAUUCUGGAGUUUUUGCACUGGUAACAAGAUUUUUAAAUCAGGCAGAAAGAGAAAGUCCUAAAGCUGCUGCUGUCAUGUUUCUGGGAGCAGCUAAAGAGAUAGCGCUUCAUAAAGACCCUGCUUUAAGCUGGCAGAACCUUGGUCAUACUGCUUCACUAAAGAUUGCUGUCCCUUGUCUGUUGCAAAGGAUCACAACACAACUUCAGAGGAUGCUGGUGUUGUGUGACUUUCCAAAAAAUUUGUAUGAAAAGUUUGUUAACUUUUUUCAGUCCAUCUCACUUCCAUGUCACUGUUUUGGCUUCUCAAAUAGCUUGAAUGUUGUGCCAUGGGACCAUGUAUUACUGACCACUGUUUUAAAAGGCCAGAACAUCACUGGUCAAAGAACACAGAAAGGAAGAAAAGUAUUUCUGUGGGAAACACUCCCUGUUAUAGAGGCUCGAGUGGAGAAAUUGGUAGACAAAAAAAAUUAUAAAGAAGUUGUUCGCUACCUGAGAGCGGUGAAAUGCAAUGAUACCAAAGGGUUAAGAGACCUUCGAGAUAAAAUCCCAUUCUAUUUGUGUAAAACUGGAGACUUCCUCGAUGCUGCGCAUUCGCUGUUGUUUCCCGUCAAUAGCCUCGCCUGCUGUACUGCCUGCCGGAUAACGCCUUUUCAGUUUGAGGUCUACCUGAAGAUGUUCAGAACAGGCAGUGUCCCCACUGGAAAGGAUAUGCUAGACUCUGGGCCCUGGAUUACAGUUGGGUCUCCCUUGAAAGAUGGUGUUCUAAUUAAGCAGGCGCUCAAACUCCUUUACAGCAAUGUGUCACUAUACAGGAAUCCUAAAUGCUGGAGUUCCCUCAUCAUGAUCUUAGGUAGUAGCAGUUUGCUGGAAAAAAGUGGGCACCUACAUCCCCUAUCCCUGAAAGAGCCACCGCUUGACUUCCAAAAGGGGGUGCUCGCUGCCAGUGGCGGCCUUUUGGAGGAACUGAAGGCAAAAAUUAAUGUUUCUUUACCACCUGCUAUUUUCUCUCCUCAUUUGCACCAUGAGGCUUGUCUUAUUCUCGCAGUACAAGCAGUACAACAGAUGCUUUUUUGUGAUCUUCCAUACUUGACUUCCUUCUUAGAGAUAGCCCUGGCUUUUGGGAAUAACUUUUGGGCUCUGAGGCUGUUAUUGGACCAUCUUUCCUAUGAAGAACAUGUUCUCCAUGGCACCGUCAACCUGAUUUUGAGAGAUCUAAAUCGUCAGAAAGCAACAAUGCUAAAACUGUGGCAAAACCUUGGUCCCCAGUACGUGGGUGAAUUCCUUUGCCUGUUCCUGACUUGCAGACAUAAGAAGAUGCAAUCCAUUGGCCUGUUCACUCUGAAUAUUAUUACAGAGAACCUGCACAUGUGUCCGUGGGCAAAGCAUCUGUGCAACUUCUUUCACAAUGCAGGAUUAAGGCACCUGCCCCUUGGCACCACAGCUCAUCAUGAAGUCUCAAAGUUCAUAAACAUUUUUGAAAAACUGUAAUUUGGCAAAAUCUUCAGGAAUAUUUUCCAAUUUGUCUUAAUCUGAGAAAUCUCUUCCUGGCGUCCCUUGCAUUCUGCUUUGGUUGUCAUCUCCAAAAACAUUCGGCUAAAAACUGACUUCGGACAAAUCCAAAAAUGAGAUCCUCGGUUAAGGUGGUGAACAGUGGCUGUAUUCCAGCAGACGUGUUUUGGAAAUUUCCUUUCUUGCAGGUCCAUGUAUUAAGCAGUUGUUUAGAGAGGUAGCGGGUUUAAGGUUUUUUUCUAAAAAAGCCAGUCUACAGGGAGAUGCUGAUCAGGGGGGGAAUGAGGGGAGAGAAACACGGAGGAAGUAGAAAGCACCACGAGUCUUUACUUCUGUUGUGUCGCACAGAUGCGCUGUGGGCGAGAUGUCUGCAGCAGAACAACUGCUGAGGCAGCAGAAGUUUAAAAAAGGAAAACCGCCUCUCCGCGGGUGUACAACAGCACGCAUUAAAAUGCUGUUUGCACACCCUCUUUCAUUUAGUGUAUAAUUAUAAAAAAUAAACCACUCUUGAGGCUGAAGGACAUUAACUGAAGCUUUCUUACUUGCUUUCAAGAAACCAGAUUCAGGAAGGCCUAAUGCAGUAAAUAGCUUGUUUUGUUUGUAAAUAAAAAAAAAUCUACUUUUCAGGGUUUUCCAAUUGUGGGGCUUUUGUUUUUAUUUUCUACAAUAGGUGACUGUUAGACUGGUGCUGAUGGCUCUCUGGGUUACUCAAAUCCUUAUUAUAGUGGUAAGUUUAAGAGUUAACUUUUGAACUGUGGAGGUAGAAAUAGAGAAAUAUUUCUAGCCUGGUUUAUACUCUUCUUUGCCCCGCUAUGAUACCUGUCUGCACUGGUUUGGCAGUCGGGGGAGAAAAAACCUUUAUAUGUGAUGAACUGUAUUUUGCACAUUUAAGGCUUUCAGUGGCUUUUGCAGCUUUUGUUAUCCUAAAUAAGCUACACUAUUAUUCAAGUUUUCUACAAAAGUGUACAUGUAUCUAAAUCAACACAAUGUUAAGUAAAACUCCACAGAA